GUGUGAGCGACGUAAGCUUUUUUUUUACGUGCGCGCUCCCGAGCGAAGGUCUUCGCGGGUUUAGGCUCUUUGUGAAGAGGAGGCACGAAAAGAACCGGAUAACCGGUGUAGCUUCAGCAUGGCGGACGACAAGCCCAAGGAAGGAGUCAAGACCGAAAAUAAUGAUCAUAUCAAUUUGAAAGUGGCUGGUCAGGAUGGUUCGGUUGUGCAGUUUAAAAUAAAGAGGCAUACACCACUCAAUAAACUCAUGAAAGCCUACUGUGAACGACAGGGAUUGUCAAUGAGACAGAUACGAUUUCGAUUUGAUGGUCAGCCAAUCAAUGAGACAGACACACCAGCACAGCUGGAGAUGGAGGAUGAAGAUACAAUUGAUGUUUUCCAGCAACAGACUGGUGGAACUUUCUGAGACAAGCCUCUAACAUAGCCUCUCACCUGCUGCCUCCACGGCCCAAAUCCAAACUGUUUGUCUACAUCCCCCACCCCUUCUUUACUGUACAUAAAUAUCGGGUGGAUGUGUGUCAUUCUAGGAGUUAAAUCUAUAUAUAUUUUUUGUUCAAUUUUCUUUUGACUAACAAAUACUUUUGGACCAAGAAAAUGCAAAGUUCAAAGAUGGUGUUCUUUCAUAGUCUCCUCAUCUCUGCCUGGUUUUCAUGUGCUCUCUUCUUAUUCCAGUAAAUUAUUUUGCUUUUACAAGGAAACAGAAAAAGUACCUGUCGCUGAGAACUCGGCUCAAAGUGCAUUGCCACAUUGUGCUGUGUUUCUUUGCAUGUGCUUCUGGCAGUUUAAAGGUUAAGGCACACGUAAGGAGAGAAUGUACUUCACAAUUGGAUUUUUUUUUUAACUGAUAACUAUUUUAUACCUUUUUGUAUGUAGCUGUUACGUGUAACCAGGUGAAUAACUAGGAAUAUAUAAAGAAAAUACACACUUUAGGUAGUUUUCCCUUUAAGAUCUGACAUCUUGUUGUUUAAAUAAAUCUUGUUUAAAGUUGUA